AUGUCUGAGCGCUACAUCCCAGAGCAUCGCCGCACGCAAUUCAAGGCAAAGAAUACCUUCAAGCCCGAUGAGCUUCGUCGUCGUCGUGAAGAACAGCAAGUUGAAAUUCGGAAGCAGAAGAGGGAAGAGAAUCUUGCUAAGCGGAGAGGAAUUCAACGUGGUGAUGGGCAAAUCGGGGUUGGAGGAGGACUAACUGCGGGCACCGAUAGUGACGAUGAAGCUGGGACAAUCGAAGGAGAGCUCAACACCGAGCUGCCUGAAAUGGUGAAGGGUGUAUUUUCAGAUCAGAUUGACAGUCAGAUUGCAGCCACCACAAAGUUCAGGAAACUACUUUCAAAAGAGCGAAACCCUCCCAUUGAACGUGUCAUAGAGACUGGGGUCGUUAGCCGAUUCGUCCAAUUCCUUCGAUCUCCACAUACUCUCGUUCAAUUCGAAGCCGCCUGGGCUCUGACCAACAUUGCUUCCGGCUCAGCCCAGCAGACUCAAGUGGUUAUCGAGGCAGGUGCUGUCCCUAUUUUCGUCGAGCUCCUGAGCAGUCAUGAACCAGAUGUCCGCGAGCAGGCUGUUUGGGCGCUGGGCAAUAUUGCUGGUGACAGCCCGGCUUGCCGAGAUUAUGUUCUCAGCCAGGGAGCUUUGAAACCAUUGUUGUCGUUGAUUGGAGAUGGCCGAAAGCUGAGCAUGCUUCGAAAUGCUACCUGGACCCUGAGCAAUUUCUGCCGGGGAAAGACACCCCAGCCAGACUGGAAUACGAUUCAGCCAGCUCUUCCUGUUUUGGCGAAGUUGGUCUACAUGUUGGAUGAUGAAGUCCUUAUUGAUGCGUGCUGGGCUAUUUCAUACCUGUCGGAUGGCUCGAACGACAAGAUUCAAGCAGUGAUCGAGGCCGGCAUUCCCCGCCGUCUUGUUGAGCUCUUGAUGCACGCUUCCACAUCAGUCCAAACCCCAGCUCUGCGCUCGGUUGGUAACAUAGUGACCGGAGACGACGUUCAAACCCAAGUCAUCAUCAACUGUGGCGCACUGCCCGCUCUGCUAGCUCUACUAAGUUCUCAAAAGGAUGGCAUUCGGAAAGAAGCUUGCUGGACAAUCUCAAACGUCACUGCCGGCAACUCGACUCAGAUUCAAGCAGUCAUUGACGCCAAUAUCAUCCCACCGCUAAUCAACCUUCUCUCCAACGGAGAUUUCAAGACCAGAAAGGAGGCUUGCUGGGCAAUUUCCAAUGCAACCUCUGGCGGACUUCAGAAGCCAGAACAGAUUCGUUAUUUGGUAGCACAAGGGUGCAUCAAACCACUGUGCGACCUGCUUGCCUGUCCUGAUAACAAGAUUAUCCAGGUUGCUCUUGAUGGGCUCGAGAAUAUCCUCAAGGUUGGCGAAAUGGACAAGGAAGCAGCAGAUGCUCGCGCAGCCGAGGCCCAGGUCAAUCGAUAUGCACUGUUCAUUGAAGAAGCUGGCGGUAUGGAAAAGAUCCACGACUGCCAAAAUAACGCCAAUGAGGAGAUCUACAUGAAGGCAUACAACAUCAUUGAGCGAUACUUCUCGGACGAGGAAGAUGCUGGUGCAGACAUUGAGGAGCUUGCACCUGGUCAAACUGCCCAAGGUUAUGCUCUUGGUACCCAACAGCCGCAAGGAGGCUUCAACUUCGCGAACGGCACCGACUCCAUGGACAUGUGA